AUGAGCGCUGCCGCUCGCUGCGGGGGCAAACCCGGCCCGGGGACCGGCACCGAGCCCGGCCCGGCGGGAGGCAGCGAGGGACACGAGCGGGGACAUCUCCCUCUGCACGUCCCAGAGACAAACACGGCACUCGGACCCGCAAGGCGAUUCUCCAGCCCGUGUGCCUCAAGCGGCCAGCAGGGCGGGCAGGGCGGGCACACCCGCAACAACCCCGCCGCGGCCACCCUGCCCUGCCACGCAAACCGCAGGCAGGGCCCACCCGCGCUGGCGCUGACAGGCGGCGGCCACAACCCAGCCCCGCUCCCCCCCGACUUUCGCCCCGCCCCGGCCCUCUCCACAGCGAUCCCCCGGCCCGGGCAAUCCCCACACGGAGCCCCGCGGGCCGAAGCCGCCCGCUUCUCCCGCUUCUCCUGCUUCUCCCGCUUCUCCUCCCCCCGUGUCCGCCGGGGCCGAGCGGCCGGGUCAGCGCGCCCGGGGCCGAGCCCGGAGCGGCGCCAGCGCGGAACGGAGCGCUGCAAGGAGAGGAAAUACAGGGAACGGUUCUCCCGCCCGGCCCCGGCGCUCCCCGGCCGCCCGUACCUGUGUCCCGGGCCCCCGGCGGGUCCCCCGCGCCCCGGUCCCGCCCGGCGCCGCUCGCUCCGCGCCUCACAGAAAAUGGCGGCCCCGCGCCCAGGCAGACAUUUAUCCCCGCCCAUCGCGCGCUCGGCGCUCCACGCCGUGCCUGCGCCCGCCUGCCCGCCGCUCCCGCCUCCCCGCCUGGCGCGGGAGCGCCGAGCUGCCGAUCGGCCGCCCCGCCCCGCCGCCAUUUGGGGGCGGCUGAGGCGCUGCUCGGGGAGGGAGCGGGGAGGGAAGGAGAGAUCCAAGGAGAGAUCCAAGGAGGGAUCCAAGGAGGGAUCCAAGAAGGGAUCCCGACGCCGCCGCGCCUCCAGCCCUGCCCGCCACCCGGCCUGGGAGAGCGGCAUGAGCGGGGGCUGGAGCGGGCGCCCCUCAGGGCACCGCGGCGCCGCCUCACAGCAGGGCCCGGAGCACUGUCCGGAGCCCGGAGCCCGGAGCAGAGCCCUGAGCACGGAGCACAGCCCGGAGCACAGCCCGGAGCGCAGCCCGGAGCCGAGCCCGGAGAACAUCCCGGAGCACAGCCCGGAGCCCGGAGCCGAGCCCGGAGCACAGCCCGUAGCACAGCCCGGAGCCCGGAGCCGAGCCCGGAGCACAGCCCGUAGCCCGGAGCCGAGCCCGGAGCGCAGCCCGGAGAACAUCCCGGAGCGCAGCCCGGAGCACAGCCCGGAGCGCAGCCCGGAGAACAUCCCGGAGCGCAGCCCGGAGCACAGCCCGGAGCGCAGCCCGGAGAACAUCCCGGAGCGCAGCCCGGAGAACAUCCCGGAGCACAGCCCGGAGCGCAGCCCGGAGCACAGCCCGGAGCGCAGCCCGGAGAACAUCCCGGAGCGCAGCCCGGAGAACAUCCCGGAGCGCAGCCCGGAGAACAUCCCGGAGCACAGCCCGGAGAACAUCCCGGAGCGCAGCCCGGAGCACAGCCCGGAGAACAUCCCGGAGCACAGCCCGGAGCACAGCCCGGAGCGCAGCCCGGAGAACAUCCCGGAGCACAGCCCGGAGCGCAGCCCGGAGCAGAACCCGGAGCCCGGCGCCGCUGUGCCUGGGCAGAGCCAGCCCUGUCCUACCUGUGCGUGGCCAAGGCCGGCUCUGCAGGGAGCAGCAGCGGUUGCCCAGGGGCGGUACGUGCUCAGGGGUGGGGUGUGA